AUGCUGGGGAUCCAUCCGACGGGGGGGAGGGAGACCCCUCCGGCAUCCCCCCGGGCCCCCACGGAAGCCAUCAAUGAGGGCAAGUUGGAUUCACCCAAGUCGGAGGGAGAGAAGCCCGUUCGCAAGCACAGUUUCCGGUUGAGUUUCAAGCGGCGAACGGGAGCGGUGGAAGGCGGCGGGGGUCGGAGCGGGAAAGGGGGUGGGGCACCGGAUUCCACGCCGCCGCCCACGCUGAACAACGCCGUGCCGGCUCGGUUCAUCAGGGCGACCUCCGUCCGGUCCAAGACGCUCAACCCGAAGUGGAACGAGAAGUUUCGAUUCGACAUCGACGACAUCUCCACCGACCGGUUACACCUGGACAUCUGGGACCACGACGACGAGACCUCGGUCCUCGAAGCCGUGAGCAGCCUGAACAAAGUGCGCGGCGUGAAGGGACUGGGGAGAUUCUUCAAAGAGAUCGCCCAAUCCACUCGAGCCGGGAACAACGACGAUUUCCUCGGAUGCGUCAACAUCACCCUCAAAGACCUGCCCUCGACGGGGAUGGAGAAUUGGUAUUCAUUGAUGGGUCGAAGCAAUCGGAGCAACGUGCAGGGGAGGAUCAAGCUCCGAUUGUGGCUCUCCACUCGAGAGGAUCGGGGGCUGAGCGAGGAAGAUCCCUGGACUGAAGUCACUCAGCAUGCCCAUCUCAUCAGCAUCUUCAUCUCCCACGAACUGCGACUGCAUGCAGGGAACUCAGAGUCGUGGCCCGGCGACCUGUCGCAGGAGGCCCUGACGAUCCUCCAUCAGCACGCGAUCCAAGGCGACAUAACGGAGGUGCAGCAGGCGCUGUGUCAAUGGGUGGCCCACGCCCGGAGGCACCUCUCCGCUCCCCUCAAUUACAGCCUCCUUCAUCAGCUGCUUAUCGACCUCGACAGGCUCUGGGCCGAAGGGCUCAGCAUCGAAGAGGAGCAAUUGUUGGCAGACACGUUCAACAUCUUCGUGCAACACUGCACCGAAGCCAUCCGAAAGAUGAGGUACCACUUCCCAUCCAACGAUCGGGCUGCCCUUUCUCGCCUCGACUUUCUUCUCAGAUGCCUGGCCUUGGCCUGCGAGAUGGAGGCGUUCAAGACGGUGUGCCCCUUCGAGCCGGACGUGAGGUCGGAGGUCUCCAGCGUCCUCAAGAAGGGGACGAGGGAUUGGUAUCGAAUCUUGGAUCGGGGCGAGGACGUGAACACUUCGUUGGACGAGGAAGAGGAGCUGGAGCGGAUGAACGUGGUCGUGACGCUGUGCAACGCGGAUCUGCUCGAUGCCGUCCAGUGCUACCAUCGGCUCUUCGAUCAGAACCUGGAGCUGCAGUUUUUUCCUCUCGUCUAUCGUCAACUGGAGAGGCUGGUCAAUGACGACGCGGCGCAGCUCUUCGAGAAGAUUCCCUGCGAAGGAGACGUGCAGGGGACCCUGGAGGGACUGAGCGCGAGGAUGUUGGCGACCGGCCAGUCGUCAGAGGCCCUGCCGGAGGCCCUCACCGUUUCGCCGUCGCUCUUCGAUCUCUUCCUCUCCCUUCAGGAGUUCUACAAGUACGGGGAGCAGUUGCCGGAUAAGAGACCUGAGUGUUCUAAUGUCUGUUAUACCUGGUUCGUUCCCCUCUUGGACCGAUGGAUGGCCAUUGCCAAGUAUCGGGUGCUUCGCCGAGUGUUGAAGGCAGUGGAGAAGGAGACCGUCGCGACCGGCACGGAAGAUGGAAUGAUCAAAUAUCACACUUCUGCUGUGGAUGUCGUCACCGCUUUCGAACAUGUGAAAAGCUUCUGGAAGCUCCUGUACUGGUCCGAUGUGUCCACUUCCUCUGCCUUUCUCUCGAAAGUCGUCGACGUUUUGACGUGCGGGGCCAUAUUGUAUGCCGACUGCGUCCAGCACCGACUUUAUCAUCAGCUUUCCACCAACCGAGUCGUGGAUCCAUCCGAAAAGAUCUGCAUCGCUUUGAACGAUCUGGACCACGUGCACCGGUCGUGGGAGUCGGCCUUGCACGACCUCGACCUGGAGUCGUCCGAGCCCCUGAGUCAGUUCAUGGUGGAGUCCGAGUCCCAGUUCUCGCAGCGGUUCGGGCUCAUCCUCCAGAACAUCAUCGAAAAGCUGCGACCCGGCCUGGGCAAGAAGAUGUUCCACCUGGCAUGGUCCCCCGACUCCCUGCCCGCGUCCGAGGCCCUCUACCCGCUGCUGCAAUACUUGGACGCCCAACUCACGUGCCUGAUACACAAGUUGCUGAAGAGGAGUUCCCUUCGGGUUCUGUCGGCGCUGUGGGACGUGGUUCUGCUCGAACUCACGACUCAGAGCUUUUCCGAGGACCUGCCGGCCUCUCAGGUGGAGAACGUGACGGGCUUCCAUCGGCGAUUAUACGACGCCCUGGUCCUUUUGAGGGGAUAUUUCUCGGCCGGGGGCCUGGGCCUCUCCGAGGCGGAGCUGAAAAGCCCCCGAUACUUCGAGACCGAAAAGCUUCUUCAGCUUCAGACGGCCACGACGGAGAACCUGCUCGAUCAAUGGUACCGGGAUCGACUGACCGAGCAGGAGAAGAUGGAGACGACGCCCUAUGGGAUCCUGUACGUCCGAGCCUAUUUCCAUCACGACAGUCUCACCGUGGAAGUGAUAAGGGCGAGGGACAUCAUCCCGCUGGAUCCAAACGGGUUUAGCGACCCGUUUGUGCAACUGGAGCUGCUGCCGGAGCGGGUGUUCCCCCACUGCCGAAUGCAACAGACGCAAGUCCAGAAACGGACUCUCAACCCGGAGUUCGACGAGUACUUCGAAUUCUCCGUGAGGAAGGAGCAGUGCCGAUGCCCGAACGGGAUGAUCCUGUUCACGGUGAUGGACCACGACGUGCUGACGGCGAACGACUUCGCCGGGGAGGCGCUGCUGCCCCUGUCCCUCAUCCCUGGCUCGGGCUCGGCCUCCACCGUCGACAACUUCCACGGGCUCAAGCCCUUCGACCUCCCCCUCUCCUUCGUCUCGAGCAGCAAAGACCAUUUCCCUCCUCUAUCAUCAGAUUCCAUUCUGCUGAAAGCCCUGGAGCAGAGAUCUUUGGACAGAUCGGCUCAAGAGUUCGUGAAGAGGCAGAAAGCGAGGAUGGAAACGACGGGGAAUACAUGGAACUGA